CUGACUACACCUUCCUGCUUCUACACACAUCGUUUCCUCUGCAACACGCGCAAUUUCUCCAUUCAAGAAACCUCUCGUCUUCCCAUAGAUCCCCAAAAGCUCUCGCCUUUUGUGGUCUUUCCUUCUCUUCUCUUCAUCUUCUUCGUUCUUGAGCCUUGCCCAUCAACGGGCGAUUCCGUUUUCUUCUCCUUCUUCUCCUUCUUCUUCUUAUUCGAAUUGGAGGAGCCCGCAGCCGGAGCCUCUCGCGCGCGGCCCCCUGUUCCGUUCGGACCCUGUUCUCCGAUGGCGGUGACGCCGCAGGCCUUCCCGCCGCGGAAGCGUCGGCCGUCCGCCGGGGCCUUCGUGUCGCCGAGGCUGUCCGACGUGGAGCUCGUCCAGUCCCUCCUCCAGCUCUCCCAGGAGAUCGCGUCCCUCCGGCCGUUCCAGUACCUCCUCAGGUCGUGCUCGCUCUCCAUCGCGCGCAAGGUCAACCUCCUGGCGGUCCUGUUCGAGGAGCUGCUGCGGAAGCGGGCGGGGUACUGCUCCCCGUCGGCGGUCCUCUGCUUCGAGGAGAUGUACAUUCUGCUGCAGCGGAUCAAGACGCUGAUCGAGGACUGCUCCAACGGGAGCAAGAUGUGGCUGCUCCUGCAGGUGGAGCUCGUGUCCGACAGCUUCCGCGAGCUCAACGCCGACCUGACCACGUCGCUCGACGUGUUCCCGGUCGGGGAGGCGGAACUGGGCGACGACGUCGAAGAGCUCGUUGACCUGAUCAAGAACCAGCGCUCGCGGGCCGGGGCUCGCGUCGAUCCGAGGGACGACGAUCUCAGGCGCGGCGUGCUGGCGAUGCUGGACGGCAUCGCGAGGGAGGUCGUGCCCGAUCAAGCCCAGCUCGCGGCUGCUUUCGAGGGCCUGGGGCUGCGGGAUUCGUCCAGCUGCGGACAAGAGAUGGAGAGUCUGGAGGAGGAGGUCCAGAACCAGAGCGACGAGAAGGCGAAGUCGCAGGCGAUCGCGCUGAUCGGGCUCGUCCGGUACGCGAAGUGCGUCCUCUACGGCGGGUCCACGCCGCCGAAGCGGCCGGCGGAGUUCCGGCUCCGGAAGUCGGCGUCGAGCAUCGCGUUCCCGGCGGACUUCCGGUGCCCCAUCACGCUGGACCUCAUGCGGGACCCGGUCGUCGUGGCCACCGGGCAGACGUACGAUCGCGAGUCCAUCAGCCUCUGGAUCCAAUCGGGGCACAACACGUGUCCCAAGACAGGUCAGACCCUGGCCCACUCGGACCUCAUCCCCAACCGCGCGUUGAAGAAUCUCAUCUCCCUGUGGUGCCGGGAGCAGAAGAUACCCUUCGAAGCCGCCGGCGACGCCGCGAGGGCCAGCGGCGGCGGCGGCGCGAGGAGCAAAGCCGCAAUCGAGGCCACCAAGAUGACGGUUUCGUUCCUGCUCCGGAAAUUGCGCGGCGGCCCGCCGGCGGAGGUCGCGGACGGCAUUGUCCACGAGCUCCGGGCGCUCGCGAAGUCCGACUCGGAGAGCCGGGCCUUCAUCGCGGAGGCCGGAGCCAUCCCGCAGCUGGUCCGGUACCUAGGCUCCGACGUCGCCUCGGAGUAUCCGAGCCUACAGGUCAACGCCAUCACGACUAUACUCAACCUGUCGAUCCUGGACGCAAACAAGGCUCGGAUCAUGGAGACGGACGGCGCGCUCAACGGAGUCAUCGAGGUCCUGCGCACCGGCACCACGUGGGAGGCGAAGGGCAAUGCCGCCGCCACGAUAUUCAGCCUCUCCGGCGUACACUCCCACAUGAAACGGCUCGGGAGGAAGACGCGAGUCGUGAGGGGAUUGAUGGACUUGGCCCGGGACGGCCACGGCAGCGCCAGGAGGGAUGCGCUCGCGGCGAUUUUGAAUUUGGCAGGGGACAGGGAGGCCGUCGCGAACCUGCUGGAGGAAGGGAUGGUGGAGAUGGUGUGCGACGUGAUGGAGAGCCUGCAGGACGAGGCGGUGACCAUCCUCGAGGCGGUGGUGAAGCGGGGAGGGCUGGUGGCGGUCGCGGCAGCCUACUGCGCGAUCAGGAAGCUGGGCAGGGUGCUGCGGGAAGGGUCGGAGCGGGCGCGGGAGAGCGCGGCGGCGACCCUCGUCAUGAUAUGCAGGAAGGGCGGGCCGGAUGCGGUGGUGGAGCUGGCGACGAUGCCCGGGAUCGAGAGGGUCAUAUGGGAGCUGAUGGGGACAGGGACCGGGCGGGCAAAGAGGAAGGCGGCCAGCCUACUGAGGACACUCCGGCGAUGGGCGGCGGGGCUGGUCGACGGCGAUCCGGUGGAUCCCGAUUACACGACCAACGUGACCGCGACGAGGAUAAUGUUGCCGAGCUAACGCCGGUCCAAUCAAUUACUUGUAAAGUCUCAAUUGGAUUUAAUUUAUUUCUUUCUUUUUGGCGAUCAAAUCGAAGCAAAUUCGCUUCGUAUAGUUCAACUUCAAUUCAUUUCA